AUGGAGGCAAUCGACAACUAUGUCGUUCAACCAACAACAGCACGUUCACACACCAUCAUCAUGCUUCACGGACGCGACAGUGUCGCUUCGGAAUUCGCAGAAGAGCUCUUUGAGAGCCAGGCUUCAGAUAACCGUACCCUUCCUCAAAUAUAUCCCGGCUUCAAAUGGGUGUUCCCAAACUCUGGGCUACUCAAAUCAGAGCGAUUUGAUAUGGAGUUGCCUCAGUGGUUCGACAUGUGGGGCACAGAGAAACCGCACGACGAAGAAGGAACGAGCAGAGUAGGUAUACAAAAGGCAACAGCCAGGAUUGUGGACUUGAUCAGAGCCGAGUCAAAACUUGUGCCUCUAGAUCAUAUCUUCCUGGGUGGGAUCAGUCAAGGAGCUGCAGUCGCCAUACACAGUCUGCUUCGAGGCGGUUUGCAGAUUGGUGGAUAUCUGGGCUUCUGCACUUGGCUGCCAUUUCAUGAUGAAGUCAAAAGCGAAGCUCUUAGCAGCACACCAAUUUCCCCAGAACACAACAAGGACGACGAAGUCAUCUCGAUAGACAAUGGAGAGUCCAUGAGGGAGGUUCUGCAGCAUCUCGGCCCGAAGGUGACAUGUAGGACGUACGGGACCGGUGGCCAUUGGUUCAAUGAGCCGAGGGGGAUCGAUGACCUUAUCGCAUUUCUCACCACGUGCGGUGUGUCGAAUACAGAUUGA